AUGAAAUUGGCAAUCGCCCUUGUAUUGUUGGUCACAUUCGCAUCAGCAACAUCAACUAAGGAUCAAAUCCUUGCCCUCCUUUAGACUGGAACAAAGGCAAGUGAUGCUAUUGAUACAGUGUUUGGAUUACUCAAUGAUUUGAUUUAAUCAAACAAGGAUGCCUAAUUUGCUGCUGAUUAAAAGAAUGAAACAGACGAAUGGGUUGGAGCAUAGUAAUUUUAUUAAUUAAUUUUAGAACAAUUGAACAAUUCACAAAAAUCAAGAAUCUCAACCAAAAAUUGUUUUAAUAAUCAAUUGAAAACAGAGCACAAUUCGAAUAAGAACUCCACGACACCAAAAAUUACCUCGCUUGGAAUGAACAAAGACAAGAUGAAAUUGCUAGAAAGAUUUAAGUCCUUCUUGAUGAAUAGUGCCUCAGCAAUCAAUUGUUUGUUAGAUCAAUCAAAUAAAACAGAGAAGCACUCGAAGUUGUCAGAGUCCUCAAAUAAGAUGUCGCAGGAUAUAUUAUCAAUGGAGACUCCUUUGAAUUAGUCUAAGUUCACAGUGUUGCUGACAAGUUGAAGCAAUACAGUAGCACAUUCUAAGAAUAAGAAUUAAAGUCAUUCCUCCAAUUGGCCAACAAAUAAGAAGACGGUUCAGUAAGCAGAGGAGCCACAUUAGCAGAAAGAGUUUUGUCAGUAUUAGAAUCACUUGAAGCCAACCUUUAAGCCUCACUUGAAGCUCUUGAAGUCAAUGAAAUUAAUGCCUCAUGGGAAUUAGCAGGAUGGGUCUCUUUGAGCGAAGCCGAAGUUGCAAACCUCAAAGUUGAAUACGAAAGAAAAUAAGUUUAUGCAGACAGAUUGGCAACUGUAACAAUUAUCCUCCAUAUCUCCUUAGUAAAUCCAAGCUGCCUUAGCCUAAUAAGCCAAAUCAAAGAUCAUUCUCCAAGAGUCAUAAGAUGCUUUAGAUUAAGCUUAAUCCGACUUAGAAAACAAGAGAGAAGACUAUGCUGAAGCCAAGGCCAAGAGAGAUGAAGAAAAUGCUAUCAUUGAAUAAGUCAUCAUCAUAUUCAAGAAAUAAGUUGCAUCAUGGUCAGGAAGAUGAGAUUCAUCUUUUUAUUAAAUAUAUUCAAUAUUAUUUGUUUAAUCAC